CGGAUUCUACAGGGAUAGGCUAGCUAGCUACUGCUGUCCAAAUAAACAUUAACAAAAUGUAACCAAAUAUGAACGAUUAGCCUGUUUCUUUCCAUCUAGUAGAAGUAGUACUUGCAGCCUUGGGCACAUCUGCUUCACAGCUAAUAUUGGUGGAUAUAAUAUGCUGCGCAGAAAGCCCACACGUCUGGAAUUGAAGUUGGAUGACACUGAGGAGUUUGAGUGUGUCAAGAAAGAGCUUGAGAUUCGGAAAAAGCAGAGGGAUGAAGUGGAUGUUGUUGGUGUGGCUACGUUUAGUAACAUGGUGGGGGCCAGCGUUGGAACAGGGGAUGGGAAGACACGGGACCAGAUGAUCAACGAGAGAAUAGGCUACAAGCCCCAUCCUAAACCCAACACCUUGCCCUCACUCUUUGGAAACCUGCAGUUUUAGGUUCCUAAUGGGCACAUUAACGAGACUGCUCAAACUGUUGGUGUGUGGCUGGCACAGUAACAAUGCUAUUGACAUGGUCAGGAAUACUUGUGUGCUUGCCUGAGAUCAGAAUUCUUUCCACAAAGAAAUGUGUAGUUUGAGGAUCACGUUUAGCUUAUAACACACAUCUUCUAAAGUAAUGUUGUUGCAUUUACCUGAAAUGUUAUGACUUGCGAUGCAAAGCAUGUGGCCUUUGUACAAUAUGUUUCAUGGGAGCUGUUGUAGUGGUUUCCCUCCUUUAUUACAAAAAUCCAGACUUGGUACUCCCAGGAAGGUGAAGGUAGCAUCUUUGGG